AUGACUAAGGAGUACAACAAUACAAAGCAUCGAACCACAGGGCUAGCUCCUUCGAACAUUAACAGGGAUAACGCAGAUCGAGUGUUAAAUACUGCAUAUACUCAACUAAAGAUUGCGGGAAAGGGGAAAUUUAUAGUUGGGCAGGUGGUUCGUAUUAGUAAACAUAAAUCUUUAUUUGAAAAGGGCUAUACAGCUAAUUGGAGCAUGGAAUUAUUUAAAAUAGUUCAAAUGACAAAUCCUCCUACUUACCUGCUUAAUGAUAUGGAAAAUAAUCCCAUUUUGAGUGCUUUGUAUGAACAUGAACUUCAAGCUACUAAUUUCAAAGAUAUUUAUCUUAUUGAACGAGUACUUAAACGCUCGAAGAAUAAAGCCUACGUUAAAUGGUUAGGAUUUCCUUCUUCGCAUAAUAGCUGGAUUAAUAAUGCGACGUCCUUUCCUGGUUCGGUCCUAGGAAAGGGGUCUUGGUGCCCUUUUAUAUGUUCGGGAUGUUAA